AUGGCGAUGGUCCUGGCCCAUCUCCUCGCUGUGUUUGCAGGCACAGCUUAUGCUCAAUCCAGCCUUUCGUUUCCAGUGCCAACGAAGACCAAUGCCACAUUCACAUCGACGUCGUUCGACCCUUCACUGGCAAGCACGCAGCUAGUGCAGACUGACUUCUCAAACGAACGCCUAGCUUUCCUUUGGAAUCAAGUAGGCCCGAUCGCUACGGGAGUCUAUAACACGACAGUGUCUCCAACUCCAGAGCCAUCGAUAUUUCCCCAGCCUGGAGCCUUACAUCCACAUAUUCCCACGUAUAUCAAUGAGAUAGUCAACGAAAAGCUGCCUGAAAAUUUCCUCUGGGGCGUGUCGUCAUCGUCGUAUCAAAUCGAAGGUGCGGCUAAGGAUGAAGGCAAAGGCCCUUCGUUGUGGGACCUGCUAUCUCAUCGUGUCCCCAACCAGGUGGCCGAUAAUACCACAGCCGACACCGCGGCUGAGCAUUACUACUUGUAUAAGCAGGACUUUGCAAGGUUAAAGGCUUUGGGCAUUCCUGCCUUCGCGACGAGCAUCUCUUGGCCGAGGAUCUUUCCAUUCGGCAAAGGACCUGUCAACGAGGCUGGAGUCAAACACUACGAUGAUGUGAUUGCCUCUUUGCUGGAGAAUGGCAUCACUCCUGCCAUCACGCUUUUCCACUGGGAAACUCCAUUAGCACUUUUCAAUGAAUAUGGCGCUUGGACCGAUCGACAGAUCAUUGACGACUUCUUCAACUAUGCGACAUUCAUCAUCCAACGAUACGAUCAAUAUGUCGAACACUGGUUCACGAUUAACGAACCACAAUACUGCAAUUGGCAGUACUCGUACUACCCGGCCGGCAAAUAUUAUCCUGCAUACCACAAUAUCACCGGAGGCAACGAAGCUCGCUUCGUAUGCGGCCACUACACUCUGCUCGCACAUGCUAAGAUUGCAAAGUGGUACCAUGAAGACUUCAAAGGCCGUGGCAGAAUCACCUUCAAGAACAGCGCGAAUUACUUCCAGCCCAACAGCACUUCAGACGCCGAUGCUAUCGCCACUCAGCGGAACUAUGACUUCGUACUCGGAUGGUUCAAUCAUGGCCCCUGGAAUGAUGGUGACUACCCACAAACCCUGAAAGACACCCUCGGCCCUCUCCUCCCUAAUCUCACAGACUCCGAGAAGGAAAUGAUCAAAGGCAGCUGCGACUUCUUCGCCCUGGACGGUUACACAUCCUUCUACUCCUACGCCCUUCCCGGUCAUCUCACAGACUGCACCUCAAACUCCUCCCACCCAUCUUUCCCCGAAUGUGCCGGUUCCGGGGCUCUAGCAUCAGAUGGCUUCCCAAUCGGUCCAUCAGCCGAUCCCGGCGCAAACUGGCUCCAAUCCACUCCAACAGGAAUCCGCAAAUUUCUGAAGACCAUCACAGAAGACUUAUUCCCUUCCGUCCCAGACAUUCAAGUCACAGAAUUCGGAUUUUCGGAACCUUUUGAAGGACAGCUUGACAGUUUGACUACCAUUCUCUGGGAUCUGAGACGUGCGGAUUAUAUUCAGGGUUAUUUGGAUAAUAUUUUGGCGAGUAUUGUGCUGGAUAAGGUCAAUGUGACUGGGGCUUGGGCUUGGGCGAUUUUUGAUAAUUUCGAAUGGGGUUCUGGUCUGAGGACUAAGUUCGGCUUGCAGUAUGUCAACUAUACGGACUUGACGAGGACGCCGAAAGCGAGUAUGUUUACUUUGACGAAGUGGUUUGAACAGCAUACUGCUGGUGGAAAGGGCAAUGCGACCAUGUCCAUCUAA